GGUGACCUUUCCACCUCUUUCCUCGCUCCCGCAAUCAAUGCUCGCCAGAUAAAUUUCGAUAAGACUGGGUUGGAUAAGGUCACCGCUCCGGCCCUCCUCCCCUGUUGGCGCCGGUGAUCCCCCUUAUCCUCUGAUUUCGCUCCUCCUCCUCCUCUUAAUGGCCCGAGCGAAAUAGGACCGGCGGAGGAGGAGAGAGCGAGAGAGCGUCAUGUCGUCGUCGUCGGCGGACGGCGGCGGCGGGGAGGUGGGUUGGAGCAGGGAGGAGGAGAAAGCCUUCGAGAACGCUCUGGCGAUGGUGGUGCGACCGGUGAAGGCCGAGGACGGGAAGGACGGGUGGUGGGAGCUGAUCGCCGCGAGAGUACCGGGGAAGACGGCGGCCCAGGUGAGGCGGCAUUACGAGAUCCUCGAGGAGGACGUGAAGGCGAUCGAGGCUGGCCAGGUCCCCAUUCCCCGCUACGUCGGAGAGGUCACGGCGGCGGCGGCGAUGGCCAAGGAGACGGACCACCACCACCACCACGGAUUCGGCGGAGAUAGGAGAUUCGAGAUGGGAGGGCAGGGUAAGAGCUUGUCGAAGUCGGAACAGGAACGUCGGAAAGGCAUCCCCUGGACUGAAGAAGAGCACAGGCUGUUCCUGCUUGGCCUCAGCAAGUUUGGUAAGGGCGACUGGAGGAGCAUAUCCAGAAAUUUCGUCAUUUCAAGGACCCCGACCCAGGUCGCAAGCCAUGCCCAGAAAUACUUCAUCCGCUUAAAUUCCAUGAACAGAGAUCGCCGGAGGUCAAGCAUCCAUGACAUCACGAGCGUGAAUGGAGGACAUGUGUCUUCUCCCCAGGGUCCCAUCACUGGCCAGGGCAAUGCAAAUUCCGCAGCUGGAGCACCAUCCAUGAAGCAUCCUUCGCAGCCGAAUAUGUCGGCGGCGGGAAUGUACGGCCCGGCCGUGGUUUCCGGCGUCGGUGCUCGUGUUAUGCUUCCCCCACACCACGCCCCUUACGUUAUGCCGGUUGCUUAUCCUGCGCCGCCUCCUCCCACGACAAUGCACCAGUAGCCUUCUGUUUUAACUCCUGCAGAUGACAUUCGUGGCGUUGAUUGGUGCAACGGUUGGGUCGUCAACUGGGUUGAUGGUAAAAAUUUCUUGGAUAAAAAUAUGUAGUGUAAUUGGCAGAAGGAUAGUUGCCUUCUUUUCCAUGUAACAAAUAAUGUAAUACUACUUCCAAUUAGUAUUGCUAUGUGAAUACUUAUGUUCUUUAGUUGCACA